AUGGAAAACACGAACGAGAAGAGAGUGCAUGCACUCAUCCGUGCCGUCGGAAACAACCGCGAUCGCCUUCACAUUGACGAGUUGCGCAAAAUACAUGACCGCUCCACGUGCAGCAAUGAAUCCUCCAUCAACUUGAUUGCGCAACUGACGGCGCUCAAAUCAAAUCUGGGGACCAUUCAGGACUGGCUAAGAUUUGCGAUACACGACUUGCACCCGCAGUUACUUUCGGAUCUCGAUGUGCUUAUGGUUUCUUGCGGAUCGCUCGUGCGACAUCUCGACACGUUGACUGAGCGCCUUGGCCGCUCGGACAACGAUGCCACGGAUUUUGCGGCUAGGCUCAAAUACGCAGUUGGCUGUAAAUCAAUGGAACGACUGCGUGAUGUUGCGCAACGCCAGAACGAGGCUGUGACUCUGCUGCUCGCAGCGUGCAAAUGUCACGCAUCGGCGCAACGCAAGAUCCUAUUGCACAAAAGUCGCCAAAUACGGAAAGAAGAUGCUGCAAAUCUCAAGACAUUAGCGCGAUCGACCAGAUGGAAUGGGACUUGCAUCAGUUUUCUAACUCAGGUGUCUCGCAUGAUUCAGUGGUUCAGGUUUCUGUUCCACUUGAAGCUUGCGCGGCGCAACGAAAUUGAUUGCAAUAUGACCUCAAACGGCGAAUGGUAUGAGUUUGCUGCUGCAGCUAAUCGAUCUGAUGCCAUUGACCGCGCACUGCAAGAAGAAGCAACGACCAUGCAUCGAGAGACGAAAUUAGUCAUGGUAGGCGACUUCAACAGUGGCAAACAACUCGUCAUGCACCAAAUGAAAGUUCUGUUUGCCGAAGGAUACUACUCUAGAGAGCAACGGGCAGAGUACUGCUUUGCCGUGCGGUCUACCGUACGUCUACUAAUCCACUCGAUAAUCGACCUCUUAAAAGACACUGGCAUCACUCUUCCCCAAGAACUAAACAAGCAUUUUGCCGUUCUCCUCACCGAAGUCGAAGCCAGCGAUAUUUCUUACAUUACUCCAGAAGCCGUCACUGCCAUCUCCGCCAUCUGGCUCUCCCCAGAAUUCUCCUCCCUCUACAUCCGCAACUUUGAAAUCGACUUUCCCCAAUACGCACCCUACUUCGCCCAAGAAGUACCCCGCAUCGCACACCCAGACUACAUACCUAGCGAAGCGGAUAUCAUCCGGCUGAAUCGCGAUCUGGGCGGUAUCAAAGAAGUACGCUUCCAUUGGGACGAGCUCUCGGUCCACCUCUUCAACAUCAACGGUCACAUCCCCAACCAAUUCCAAAAGCGCUGGUUCCACCAACUCGAAAACGCCACCUCCCUCGUCUACACCGUCGACGUCUCGCGCUACGACCGCCCCCACCUAGGCCAAGCAUCUGCAUCCCAACUCCUCUACGACUUUCAAACCUUUGAGUUCUGGGCUACAUGUCCGAAAUUCGCAAACUCCUCCAUCAUCCUGCUCCUCAACAACUUUUCCCGCUUUUGCGAGAAAAUUCAACAUUUGCCGCUUCAGACCUUCUUCCCGGAGUUCAAACCGUCGGUAGCGGGCGUGGAUUCAGAGACUGCGGCUAGAGAAUAUAUACUCAAGCGCUUUAGAGAUCUGAAUCGUAACCGGCUAUCUAUCUACAGCUUCUGGGUCGACCUAGAUAUGAGUGAUAAUCAGCACUUAUACGCUGCACUCAAGAAGACAUUACAGCAUAUACAGCAGCGCAAUGCGCGGAGCGAGGUGUGGAGCGAGAGUAGUAGUGGUGGCGGGAGCUCGGGGAACCUGCUGUCGAAGACGCUGAGCAGACCACUGUCGGGAAAGAGACAUGGCGUGAAAAGUUCGAGGUCGUUGAGUACGGUGUUGAGUGAGGAGACGCGGUGA